UGCUUUUUUUCUUCCUCUUUUUAUUUUUGCUUCGCCCCCCUCUGCCUGAGGUCAGAUUACCGGCUUUGCCGUUUGUUUGCCGUCUCUCCUUUCUCCUCGGGUGCCGGCCGGCAUGCGGAGCCCCCCCUCGAGCCGGUGAGGCACAGGCGGGACACUUUGUGUCGUACCGACAGAGCCGCACGAUGCUACUAGGCUCCUCCGUAGGAUACGACGGCAAGCCCAUGAGGCCCGAGCCAGGCAAAGUUGAGCUGAGAGACGCCAAGCGCUAACUCUCCAUCCAUGAUCUGCCCCCCUCGUAAUAGUGAAGCGCUUGAAGGACCCUGGGGCCUCCAAGUGCCCCAUGCAUACCGAGAUCAUACGACGUGCUGGUGGGCCAGCCAGGUGUCAUUGGUGUCGGAGAACGCUUCCGCGCGGAAGGACGCGACGGGUCGGCAACAUCACAACGUGGCAGUGGGGCCGCAACGCUAAAACCUCAAAGGCCUUGACCGUCUGGUGACCGGUCGCAAUGCGAUUCGAGGGAGUCUGUUGCAAAACCUGAUAGAUGACGUACUGUGGGUUUGAAAAAGGACUGGAUCAUCCGGGGGCGGGCAGUCCGUUGUCUGUGGGUAGCAACUGGUAUAUAGACGUUGCCCUCCUUCCUCUGUGAUUCAGUGGCAAUGUUGCACGGCGACAAAGUAACAAGCAUCCCGCCUUUGCGUUGGUCGCGUGCCCGCGUUUCCACAGACGUAGCGAAACCUGCCGUCGGCCCCCAGCAAAAUGGCGUUGACAUACAAAGAAAGCCAGAAAAUCAGGGCCACAAUUCCGGCCCUGCAGGAGCACGGUGAACUCCUUGUCACCGUGUUUUACCGCAACCUCUUACACAACCACCCGGAGCUGAAGAACCUCUUCAAUACCGCCAACCAAGUCAAUGGCUUUCAACCUCGAGCUCUCGCCUCCAUCAUCUUGCAAUUCGCCAAAAACAUCAAUCACAUCUACGAGCUCGUGCCGAAACUGGAAAGAAUCUGCCAGAAGCACUGUUCGCUCGGCGUCCAGCCAGAGCAUUACAGUAUUCUGGGGAAGCAUCUCAUCGAAGCGUUCUCCCAAGUGUUGGGACCCCAAAUGACACCGGAAGCCCUACAAGCAUGGAAAAGGGCGUACUCUAUCCUUGCCAACAUGCUCAUCGGUCGCGAGAAGCAGCUGUAUGGUAGCUGGGGCCGGUGGACUGGAUGGCGACAGUUCCGCGUGGUCGAAAGAGUGCCUGAAAAUCCCGACAUAUGUUCAUUCCUACUCAGUCCCGUGGAUGAACAAAACUUACCUGGCUUCAUGCCGGGACAGUACAUAUCCGUGCGCGUCGACGUUCCUGGAAAGAACUACAAGCAAAUCAGACAGUAUUCCCUCAGCGACUCGCCUCGUCCCGGUCACUACCGCAUCACGGUCAAACGCGACGACGGCACAAAGCGCAAACCUUCGACGGCCAGCCACUGUCCGUACGCGAACACCCCCGGUGUUGUCUCAAAUCAACUUCUCGACAGCCUCUUCGCUGGCGACACGAUCGAGGCCAGUCAUCCUACGGGACAGUUCUACCUAGAUACCAAUAACCUGUCCAGCGAGCCGGUGGUACUCAUCUCAGCAGGAAUUGGCGCGACACCAGUCUUGUCAAUACUCAAUUACAUCAUAGAGAAUCAGCCCACGCGGCCGGUAUCAUGGGUUCACGGGGCCCGCAGUGACAUGCCGUUCCACGCUCACAUCGCCAAACUGCAAAAGGAGAGGCCCAACUUCCACAGCAAGGUGUUCAAAACCCAUCUCGCGGAUGCGGACCUGGCAGGAGUAACGUACGACUACGACUAUCGUCUGGAUCUAGCGACGUUGAGCCCAGAUGACCUGUGUCUCACGCGAAGCUCUGCAGAGUACUAUGUCUGUGGACCGGAGCAAUUCAUGCUGGAGACGGCCGAUUUUCUAGAGUCCCAGCACGUCGACCCCACGAGGAUCAAAUACGAGCUCUUUGCAACGGGGGAGCGAGCUGCGUCGCCGUCAUGACGAACAUUGGGGCGCGGCGGCAAGUCGUUGGCGUUUGCGUCCGGGGAAGAGGCGAUUUGGGCAAAAUGGUCAAUAAAACAGGCAAGGGGAGUUAUGCAUGGCGCAGUAUCACCUCAUUAUAGAGAUUCGUUGCUCAAAGGGCUAGAACGUGGCGGUGCCUGGUUUGGCCAAAACAGGGCUCGGUUAAGACGGGAUCGGCAUAUACGGAGAAAGACAUCACGUCAUGGGUAUCGACGAGUAGUAGUAGCAGCGGUUUUUCCAUGCAGAAGAUGAAUAGAGGCCCCUAUAGCGCCUAAUGUGGAGAUACUCAUGCGCUCAGAGUAUCAAGAGCCCCCCCCCCCCCCCCCAAAAGACCUAUUGCGUUGAGAAAUACGGUGUGAUCCCCUCAGUCGCGAUGGCACGCUUGAUCGAGUCCUUGGCCUCCAUACGCUUGAUUACCGCCGCGUAAUGGGGG